GAUUUCUAUCCUCCCAUUCGGGUUGCAGCCAAGGAAAACUCCCCGUAGGGUAAAAACCUUGACCAGGACGAUACAGAGUAGUCAAUCUGAAUAUAUAAUCCCCAACCACCAUCAGUCUCCUUAUGAGAUGGUUAGUACCAGUAUAUAGGGAAAUCUGUUCUGGUUCACUAACCUAUCCGCUAACUCUCCUCGCUUCCCUGCGGGGUGGCAUUCUUUGUGUUUUGGCCAGCCUGCAGAGCCAUCAGUACCAGUUGCAAAUAAGUGGCAGUACUACUUACAAGCUCUGUCACUUACUGGGCCUGCCACUGUGCAGGUACUCGCUCUUGGUUAUGUCCCCUCCUGUGUAUGGUAGGUGCCCCAGUGGAUAUUAACCGGGAUAUCCCAGCGCUCGAUGACUGCCUUGUUUUAGCCAUAGCCAUAUAAGAGAGAUGUUGACAGGUAUAAAUGGCAGGCAGUUAGUGCUGG